CAAUCUUUUCAUGUUCAUAUAAGACUCUUUAUGCACUACAUUAGCCCUUUGUUAUCGAUAUAAACACAUAUCUUCAGUUGCUAUUAACCCCACAAAUGAAGGGAAAGAAAGGAGGCAAGAGGGGAAUGACAUGAUGCAAAGGAACUCUAAUAACAACAACAUCUCCAAUAACCCAUCGUCACAUCAAGCCUGCGCUUCAUGCAAACACCAAAGAAAGAAAUGCAACAACGAAUGCAUCUUAUCUCCUUACUUUCCGGCUCGCAAGAACAAGGAGUUUCAGGCCGUUCACAAAGUGUUUGGUGUUAGUAACGUACAGAAAAUGAUACGGACCGUUCGUGAAGAGGACCGUACCAAGCUGUCUGAAUCUUUGACAUGGGAAGCUCUAUGGAGACAGAAAGAUCCCGUCCUUGGCUCCUACGGAGAGUAUAGGAGGAUCAGUGAAGAGCUCAAGGUUUACAAAAGCCUAGUUCAUAAUCAACCUCUCAUUGGUUGGGAUAAUAAUCAACGUGUACUCAACAAUAACAACAAAAACGGAUUAGCGGUAAACUCAAGUGGGUCUGGUGGGUUUACUGUUAAUAACAAUGGUGUUGGUGUGAACCGGGACGUUAUUAACGGUGGAUAUCUAUCGAGGAGUGGCUACGAAAAUUUAAGGCAAGAUCAAAGGCAACAAUGUUAUGCAGUGAUUAAUGGGUUUAAACAGCAUUAUCUCCCUCUAAGCAAUUGAUUCUUAAGUUCUUGUGGAUACGAAGCCUGCAUGCUACAUGUUAGUAGUUGCUUGUGGCUUACUUAAACGUUAUUGAGCCUUUUUCUUAUUUUAAUGCAAUUUGUGGUGUAAUUUAUAAUGUCUUCGAGGGCUAAAAACGUGUACGCUAAUUCACUAAUAUAUAAUAGGUCAUCUCAUAAGUA